AGGAACCUGGUGUUCUCCAGCUCGGACCACCUAGAGAUGAGCGGCAUGGUGCCUCUGCAGACCACGCCGCCCUCCGAGAAGAAGCGGGUCCUCAAGCGGCCGCCCAUCCUUGAGGACUACAUCAACGUGACGUCCACCGAGGGCACCAGGGUCUUCAUGGUCGUGAGGGACGAUCCCUCCAGGACGGGGGUGGAGCUCCCCAGUUCCCUGGGCUGGAAUGCACGCAGGCCGCUCCACUUGCUGGGGGUCCCUUUCUCCUACCUGAAGGAACAAGUGGAUGAAGAGCGUCGAAGGCACGUUCUGGAGGCAUCGCAGCAGCUGACGGAGAUAAUAAACAGUUGCCUUGAGAGCGAGACCAGCGCCGAGAGCCCGGAGCCCAGCGGGGAAGCGGAGCCGGCAGACGAGGAGGACUCGGCGCUGCAUUGCCUCUGGGUGGACAAGUUCACUCCCCGGCGCUACGUGGAGCUGCUCAGUGACGAUUACACGAACCGCUGCCUGCUGAAGUGGCUCAAGCUCUGGGACACGGUGGUGUUCGGGAAGGAGAAGGCUGGGAAGAAGGCCAAGCCCAGCGCCGAGCCUCACCCUGCCUUCAGCCAGCCCAAGGAGCAGCAGAAUAAGUGGAAGACGAAGGUGCAGCUCACAGAGGAGAUUCUGGAGGCGGAGUUGGACCAGCACAAGAGACCCAAAUACAAGGUAGCCCUGCUCUGUGGCCCGCCCGGCUUGGGAAAGACCACGCUGGCCCACGUCAUCGCGAAGCACGCCGGGUACAACGCCGUCGAGAUGAACGCCAGGUCNGACCGCAGCCCCGAGGUUUUCAAAACCCGCAUCGAAGCUGCCACCCAGAUGAAAUCUGUGCUGGGCGCCAACGAGAAGCCCAACUGCCUGAUCAUCGACGAGAUAGACGGCGCGCCCGCCGCAUCUAUCAACGUGCUGCUAAACAUCAUCCACCGUAAGGACGUGGAGGGCGAGGCGGCGGCCGGCCAGAAGGAGCUGAGCGUGCAGAUGGUGCAGACGAUGAAGAUCGGCUUGAAGGACCAAAACAAGGGGCUCUUCUCCAUCUGGCAAGAGAUCUUCCAGCUCCCAAAGGCCCAAAGGCACAGGAUAGGAAUGGACCCCGCUUUGCCAGCCCAGCUCCUGGUGGGCGACGAGAACAUCUCACUCCUCGGGGCGACAGCUGGCGGCAACGCGUCCUCCCACCGCUUCCACCGCAUCCUGCACCUCGCCGUCUCCUCGGGGGAGCAGGAGAAGCUCGCCCAGGGUCUGUACGACAAUUUCCUGCACAUGAAGCUGCGUGACUCCAGCUUCAGCUCGGUCUGCUUGGCCCUGGAGUGGCUGGGCUUCCCCGACCUGCUGAGCCAGGCUGUCCUGCGCGGGCAGAGCUUCCAGCUGCUGCGGUACCUGCCCUUCCUGCCCGUGGCUUUCCACCUGCUCUUCGCGGCCGCCAGCAUCCCCCGGCUAGCCUCCGAGGAGGAGUCGAUCGAGAACCAGAUGGGAAAGGCUGUGGGGAAGAGCGACGUCUGGUUCCGCUUUAACGAAGGGGUUUCCAACGCCGUCAGGAGGAACAUCUACGUCAGGGACCUGCUCUAG